AUGUCUGACAGAUAUCAAGAAAAUCGUGAUACUUUAUUUGUUCGCAAUCUUGUAAGCGUUAUACAGGCAAGUGAGGUAACAGAAGAAACUUUAAGAAGCUUUUUUGAGCCUUACGGAAGAGUUACACAAUGUAGUAUUCCAAAGGAGUUCAACACUGGCCGUCCUAAAAGCUUUGGGUUUGUGACUUUUUCAACCGAGGAUGACGCUGCAAGAGCUCUAGAAGCAACAGACAGAAAAAAUUUCUUACUUUUCCUUCGUGAGCGAACAAAACCAUUGGAAAAAUCCUAUUUUUUGCCAAAAAACUCUUCUGUGAGCGAACAAAUUUUUUAAUAUAAAUUAUUUUUAUGAAAAAAAAAUUUUGAUAUAUAAGUGAUUAUUAGUAUAAUGAAAUUUCUAGCUGAUCCUGUUCGAUUUUAAAUAAAUUUGAUUUUCAAACAUAUAUCCUACAAAUUAAAUAAAUAUUUGCUUUCCAGUUUUUGCGAAUUGGGAUUUUUUUAUUUAAAAAACAAUUUACUAUAAAAUUUAAAUAUCAUCUGUUGCACAUAUUUCUUAAUAUGCAAGGCAUGUGGGAAAUUUCCCCACAUGCCAAAAAAUAUUCCACAUGUGAAGCCUGCAUUUAUGUAAGACUUCACAUGUGGAAAUUUUUUUAAUUUGUGAGGAAAUUUCCCACAUGCCUUGCACAAUAAGAAAUAUGUGCAACAGAUUAUAUAAAUUUUUAAAAAAAAAAAUUGAAUCCCCCUCCGUUAAACAAAAAAAAUUUUUGUUCGCUCAUCGAGAGGGAGUUAGGAAAAUCUCUUUUAAUCACAUAUGCAUAUGGAAAUAGAAGAAAAGAUAUGCGAUACGGUUCGCCGAAAUAUUCCACAAGAUCCAGAAGUCGAAGUAGAAGCUGAAGUCGAAGCAGAAACCCUAUCCCUAAAAAUCUUACACUUGAAUCAGAGCUGAAAAAUUGAUGUGAGCAGGUUUCAAGACUAAACGAUGAGCUUCACAAGAAAAAUCUUUCACUCAUCAAGCAAAAUGAAGAUCUUUCCCAAGAACUUCGGAAAGCUAAAAUCCGUAAAGAUUCAUUAAAAAAAGAACUAGAAAGCUAUAAGUCGCAAACAAUGAUUUUUUUGCCUUGUGGGCAUCAGAAAAAUGUUUUGCCAAGAGAAAAGAAUUUAAUUGAUGACCUUUAUGAGCUAACUUAACUUAACUUAAAUUUGCUUUAAAGUCUUCCAGCUUGAUAUCUCCGCACGCUUUCGAGGACCCCAAAACCUGCUUGCCAAUCUUGGGCCUCUUCUCCCAUGGCCAAGGCUUGCACGCUCCGCUGAGUUUCGACGGGUUAGGAGAGACUCCAGCUUGCAUAUGCUUCACGUCAUGUCGGGUGCUAUGAAGGCAAAGGUUAGUCCGAUGCCUUCUGACGGCCGCCUGUAGGUACAGCGACACCCAGGAAAAAAGAGCCAAAAACCAUCCGGAUAAUUAAAGCUUUUGACUGGAGUGACCACCAGCUGACUCCCAAAGUUUACCCACCCAUACGGCAGCUCCAGGCAUGCUAAGGUUAGAGUUGAAGGGCCUGAACCUUGGUUUAGGCUAUAAAGCCACUUUUGCGCCAAAAUGGUGGGACGUCAUCGAAGACCUAUUUUGUCACCACCAGCAUUUUAAUUAUUUUAUGAGCUAGGAAUAAGCAAGCUUACACCUGAAGAAAGGAUGAAUGAAACGCUUUUAAGGCAGCUAAAGUCAAAGAUUUUUUAUAUUAUGGAAGGGAAAUUCCCAAAUAUCUAUAAAUGUAAGCAGAAAGAAAAUUUUAUAAUCGGUACGUGCGGACAUAUUGCUCAAGCAGAGUGCUGGGAUAUUCGGAAUAUUAAAAAAAAUCAAAAGAAAGUAGCUUGCACUGAAUUAGUAGAUAAAAUUUUGCCUUGUGGGCACACAGAAAAAGUUGAGUGCUCUAAAAUUUCUGAACUGACUAUAUGUAAGAUUUGCUAA